GAGCUUUACAUCAUGCCGGAAACACUCACCCACAAAGCGCCUGCUUGGCUCACCGAGGAGUACGUGGAGAAGAAGCUGCGCGCCUAUUUUAAAGAUGAGUCCUUGAAUGUGGAACAGCUCGAAAUCAAGCCGGCAAUUGGCAAUGGGGAGAACUACGCCAGUGUGAUGACACGUAUCAAUGUGGAGUACACCACAAAGGACUCGCAGGAAAGACAGCCUGCAACAUUCCUGUUGAAAAGCACCUUAGCCGACAAGGAUCCGUCCUCUAACUUGUUCUCGGAGUACGGAGUUUACACCCGUGAAAUGGAUAUGUACCAGCAAAUUCUGCCUCACAUGGCGGAAUUGGUUAAGGAAGAUAUCGGGGAUUCUCGGAAGAUGUUUGCUGGCACCGUAGAUGUAGAUCGAGAAAGGAACUCAAUAAUGUUCGAGGAUCUAUCGCUGGAGAAGUACAAGGUGGCUUGCCGGCUAAUGAAACUGGACCUAGAGCACACCCAAUUGCUUCUUGAGAAGUUGGCCUCUUUCCAUGCCUCUGGAGCAGCUCUGGCAGAGCGUCAGCCGGGUAUCUUUGAGAAGAACUACGAUAGGGGUUUCUUCAACAAACACACUCGAGGAUACGAACACAUCAUGACGGUUCUCCUGCAAGCCCUGUCCCGCUCCCUUGAGUUGAAUCAGGAUCUUAAGGAACGCUAUCAAGCGAAAAUCGAUGGCAUGAUCAAUCGUCUGAUGGAUUAUGGCGAGCAGUCGGCUUCGAAUCAACCGGGAGAUUUUGUGACUUUGGCUCAUGGAGAUCUAUGGACUAACAACAUCAUGUUCCAGUACGACGGAAAGGGUCGUCCCUCGAAUGCCAUCUUCAUUGACUUCCAGUUUUGCGUGUGGAACUCUCCGGUCAUUGAUCUGCACUACUUCUUCUCCUCUUCUAUUCAAGAAGAUCUUCGUCUGCUGCAUCAGCCAGCUUUGGUGCAGUUCUAUUAUAAAAAGCUGGCAGAGGCCCUGAAGAAGCUGAGGUAUUCAGGCUACGUUCCUAGCUUGUUUCAGUUCCAACAGCAGUUUCGGGCUAAAGCUUUCUACGCUGCAUUUGCCUCCUUGGUCUUCGCACCCACCAUGGUGUACAAUGGCAAGGAAGAGGCGUCCUAUGAGCAGAUCAUAUCUACAAGCGAGAAAGGAUUACGGUUUAAGGACGCACUUUAUCAAUCCGAGUAUAUGCAAAAGAUACUAGCCUCCACGUUGCCAUAUCUCGAUCAGUUUGGAUUAUUAGAUGAAAUGUAAAAUCUUGUAAGAAAUGCUUUCAUGAAAAGGCAUAGAAAACAA